AUGGUGCUGCAGGUACUCAGGCUCGCCUUGUCGUGUCGCUGUCAAACUUUACAACAGAUACAGCGAACCCCUUUGCGACAGUGGCUGCUGAAGAGAGGACAGACCACAGUGACCACAGAAGGUGGACAUGUGUCCGUCGGGACAGCGUCGAUCCCCAGCGCGGCGAGCGAUCGUGUGCUGGGCCUCUGGCUGGUGGGCUGCAGCGGGCUGGUGCUGGGCGCCGUGGUCCUGGGAGGGUUUACCAGAUUGACGGAGUGGGAAGAUGAGUUCUCCAAGUACAAACAGUUCCCAGAGUUCAAAAUCUUGAAACAUGACAUGACUCUGACAGAGUUUAAGUUCAUCUUCUACAUGGAGUGGGGUCACCACAUGUGGGGCCUGCUGGUUGGAUUAGCUUACAUUCUUCCUACAGUAUAUUUCUGGAAAAGAGGCUACUUCAGCCACUCCAUGAAGGCUCGUGUUCUGGGCCUGUGUGGCUUUGUCGUCUUCCAGGGUCUUCUGGGAUGGUACAUGGUGAAGAGUGGUCUGGAGGAGAAAACCGAAUCACACGACAUUCCCCGUGUCAGUCAGUACAGGCUGGCGGCUCAUCUGGGCUCCGCUUUGCUGCUGUACUGCUCCAGUCUCUGGACGGGACUCACUCUCAUGCUGCCUGCCAACAAGAUUCCCGACAGCAGGAAUUUGCUGCAGUUAAGGAGGUUUGCCAAGGUUACAGGCGGCCUGGUCUUCCUCACGGCUCUCUCAGGUGCUUUUGUCGCUGGACUGGAUGCGGGUUUGGUUUAUAACUCCUUCCCAAAGAUGGGCGAGCGCUGGAUCCCUGAUGAUCUUCUGGCUUUUUCCCCAACCAUCAAGAAUGUGUUUGAAAAUCCCAGUGUGGUUCAGUUUGACCAUCGUAUUCUGGGCAUCGCCUCACUGUCAGCCAUCACAGGACUCUACCUCUUCUCCAGAUGAGUCCACCUGCCCAGACGGGUGAAGAUCGCGAUCGGCUGUCUCACAGCCAUGGCCUAUACACAAGUGGCUCUGGGCAUUAGCACCCUGCUGCUCUAUGUUCCCACGCCGCUGGCAGCCACACAUCAGUCCGGAUCAGUGGCACUACUCACCUUCGCCAUCUGGGUCUUGGCUGAGCUGCGAAAAGUGGUCAAGUAG